GUUCUCCUGUUGAUGAGCUGUCUGCCUUCCCACUAGACUCCCAAGUUUGUACCAUGGAAGUGGCCAGCUUUUCGAAGACGAUGAAGGAGUUGAGUCUGCAGUGGAAGGCUGAAGGACCAGUCAAGAUGUACAAGGACUUAAGGAUGCCACAGUUUGAGAUUAAUGACAUUGUGGCCACCACCUGUCAGGAGAGCUUCCAGAUAGGCAACUACAGCUGCCUGGUAGCAGAAUUCCACAUGCGUCGGGCUAUUGGAUUCCACCUGGUACAAAGUUACCUGCCAACCAUCCUCAUUGUGGUCAUCUCCUGGGUGUCCUUCUGGAUGGACGUUGACUCAGUACCUGGGAGAACCACCCUGGGAGUUACUACCCUCCUUACUGUCUCCUCCAAGUCCUCAGGGAUCCAGGGAGGCCUGCCCCAGGUAUCCUACGUGAAGGCUAUAGACGUCUGGAUGGGAGCCUGUACUGCGUUCGUCUUCUGCGCCCUGCUGGAGUUCACGCUGGUCAACUACCUCUGGCGCAAACGUCCUGGAGGAGGAGCGAGCGAGGGAGGGUCAUAUGGAGGAGGUGGUGCAGGCAACAGGAGGAUAGGUGGCCCCUGCAACGGCUUCAGGACUAAUCCUGACGAAGGAGGCAGCAGUGGGACCAUCCUGGGUACUUCCACACUGACGGGAGGGAAGGGCGUGCCCGAGGAACUGACCACCUUGCCCGUGCAGUUUGUACAAGCACUGACACAAACUAACAAGAUUAAGGCUCGGAACAUCGACGAGUGGUGUCGAAUUAUCUUCCCGGUAGCUUUUGGCUUCUUCAACGUGUGCUACUGGUGCUACUACCUUAUUUAAGGUUACCAGUAGCAGUACAGUGUGUGUUACUAGUGCUACUACCUUAUUUAAGGUUACUAGUACCAGUAGUGUGCUACUGGUGCUACUACCUUAUUUAAGAUUCCCAGUACCAGUACAGUGUGUGCUUCUACCUUAUUUAAGGUUUCCAGAACAGUGUGCCACUGGUGCUACUACCAUAUUUAAGGUCGUCGGUACCAGUACAGUGUGCUACUGGUGCUACUACCUUAUUUAAGGUCCCAGUACCUGUACAGUGUUGCUACUGGUACUAAUCCCUUAUUUAAGGUUCACAGUACCAGUACAGUGUGUGCUACUGGUGCUACUACAUUAUUUAAGGUCCCCAGUACCAGUACAGUGUGCUAUUGGUGCUACUACCUUAUUUAAUUAAAGUUCCCAGUAUCGGUAGUGUACUACUGGUGCUACUACCUUAUUUAAGGUUCCCCGUACCAGUACAGUUUGCUACUGGUGCUACUACCUUAUUUAAGGUUCACAGUACCAGUACAGUGUGCCACUGGUGCUACUACCUUAUUUAAGGUUCACAGUACCAGUACAGUGUGCCACUGGUGCUACUACCUUAUUUAAGGUUCCCAAUACCAAUACAGUGUGCUACUGGUGCUACUACCUUAUUUAAGGUUCACAGUACCAGUACAGUGUGCCACCGGUGCUACUACCUUAUUUAAGGUUCACAGUACCAAUACAGUGUGCUACUGGUGCUACUACCUUAUUUAAGGUUCACAGUACCAGUACAGUGUGCCACUGGUGCUAUUACCUUAUUUAAGGUUCACAGUACCAAUACAGUGUGCCACUGGUGCUCCUACCUUAUUUAAGGUUCCCAGUACCAGUACAGUGUACUACUGGUGCUACUACCUUAUUUAAGGUUCCCAGUACCAGUACAGUGUACUACUGGUGCUACCACAUUAACAAAAGAAACUCAAGACUCAUUUUCCAAGAGCUCCUGAUCCAAGGAAUCGGAGCUGUCAUAUCUCCUCCCCCGGAUCAACCCAGGCUCCUCCUCCCCCCCGCCUCUACAAGGGCAGGAUGUCAUCACCUCCGGUAAAGCGACUUAUGCAGCACCUCCAGUAUAUUGUAUUUCUUGUAUUAUCAGCGUCUUGAAUAACAAGUGUAUGAAAUUGUAUGAAAUUGAUUAAAAAUGUAUGAAAUUGUACGAAAUUACUUAGAAAUGUAUGAAAUUACUUAAAUAUGUAUGAAAUUACGUAUAUAUAAAUAUAUGAAAUUACUAAGAAAUGAAUGAAACGGAACAAAAGUGUUUGAAAUUGUGUAGUUAGUUACCAUUUUGUCCUAGGCCCAUGUCGAUUAGACACUAGGCCUGUUGUAGGUGUGUGUGUGUGUGUGUGUGUGUGUGUGUGUGUGUGUGUGUGUGUGUGUGUGUACUCACCUAUUUGUGGUUGCAAGGUGUG